AAGUUUUUAAAGUUUGUGCUAUUCUGCAUGUCGUCUGAAUUUAAUAAACAUGGUGAAAUUGACCACCGACACCAUACGCUUCUAUACUAGCUUUCUGAUUACGAAUCAUGACAGAAGGACAUGAGAGCGAUUUUUUAGUAACAGUAAGAGCACAGGUUAUGACCAGAGACGAAAGCACUGAAGGUUGGUUACCACUGGCAGGGGGUGGUCUGGCCAACGUUUCAAUACGUAAACGUGCCAGGCUAUCCCCUGGUGCUACCGGACAUGAAUACAUCAUAUAUGGUCAAAGAAUAUCAGAUCAGAGUGUUAUUUUAAGUUGCGUUAUAAAUCGUGAUCUAAAGUAUUAUAAAGUUAUGCCAACGUUUCAUCAUUGGCGUGCCGGUAAACAGCGAAAUGGUCUUACAUUUCAAGCAGCUGCUGAUGCCAGAGCCUUCGACAAAGGUGUACUGCGAGCAUACAAUGAACUAAUUGACGGCAUGGCGAAAUCGAAUCCUUCCAUUAUAUGUCCCCCAUUGACCAAAUAUGAUUCUGUUGGCGAAGAUGAUGUUUUCAUGACUCUCGACUUACCCUGUGAAUCUUUGGAUAGCAAACAGAAAGGCUAUUCCAGUCCGGAGGGCAGUGAAAAUAGUCACAGCUUUAAAGAUCGUGGAGAGCGCUAUACGGAAAGUUCUCAGGACAAAAAUGAAAAAGAAGUUGCCAAAAUUCAUUACAUAUCGGGUGAAAAUUCUUGCUUGCAAACCACACCACCUCUCCCUUCCAUGACCUCAGCUCAAAAUAACACAACGUCGCUGUUGGUGAAUGCCAACACAACAACGACGACGACAGCAGCAACAACAGCAGUAAGCACAAAUGUAACAACUGUGGAAACAUCUCCAGUUAUAGCUCCUAGUGAAAAUUAUUCCUAUGUAACAUUAACUGCGGUUCAUGACUAUAAUUAUCCGGUGGUGGAUCAACCUGUUGCCGCACAAGUUCUAACGCGUUGCGAAUCAAUAACAACCCUGAAGAAAUUAAAUGCCAUUGAAGCGUCACAUUGUCUAGCCGGAACCCAGUCUUCGCCCAUUUCCAGUGUUCUUAUAAAGGAUCCGGAAAUCGAUAUACUCAAACAUAAAAUGCAUCACAGCAAACCCAAUCCGACACCCAUACACAGUCAGAUGACAAGGUGCCGUUAUUGCCAAGAAUUGUAUAGUGAUGAAUGGAAUCGUAGGGGCGCCUGUGAAUUUGCACCAGACUGUUUUCGUUCUGGUUUCGAAUGCAUUUCGGGUAUAGGUUGUGCACGUUGUAUGCUUUAUCAUUUUAUGAGUGAUUCGGAGGGUGAAACACCUCAACAUCCCUGCGAGUGUGCCAACGAAAGUGGAUGUACCAAAAGAUGGAUUGGUCUAACCUUACUGUCGUUAUUGGUGCCCUGCUUAUGGUGUUAUCCACCGUUAAGGGUGUGCCACUUAAUUGGCAUCGCCUGCGGCAUUUGUGGUGGGAAGCACAAACCACAGGUUUGACAUUGGGAGGCUGAAUUACAAAACAAUAAAACUAGACGCAAACAACAGCAACAAGAAAAACAACCG